AUGAUGUCACAGAUGGUGAUUUCCCUUUGGGACGCCUUCACAUCGAUGGUGGAGGUACGACAGGUUCUUCUUGCUAUUCUACUGCUUUUGGGGAAGAGACUGCGAGUAUUUAUGCUGAUGAGGAACCCCCCUUUCCUUUACGCUCCUACAGUUGUGAUGGGGGUGACUUUCUUCACAUAUUCCGGCCACCCAAUCAGCCAGAAACAGGGUCGAUUCACUGCUACUCCCCUUGGACUGUUCGCGGAGAUGACGAGUUUUCUCUUGUGGCCCAUGUUGAGGUUGAGGAUGAGGAAAAGGGAUUUACGUUGGGGAUCUGUGGUGCUACAGAAAGUGUUGUAG